UCUCCUACGCGACUCAUCUAUACACCUAUGCUUAUCUCGUCCUUGAUUGCUCCGUUUUUCCGAGGUUUUACUUUUUUUUUUUUCCUAAUUUACAACACAACACCGCCAUGCAUGGUCCUUCCGUAAAAGAAUAAAAGAUACAUGAGUCAACGCACGUUCCUUCCUAAGAGUCCAUCCGAGGAUUCUAAGGAGAUUAGGGACGAACGUCAACGACCAAGUCCCUUGCAGUUCGUGACAGAGUCAGGGCGGGAGAGCUUAUGAGGCUGCGAUAGUGUAUAGACUGUAGUGCGAGGAAGAGCUAGGCAGCCUGGCCAGAUGAAGAUCAUGACAGAUGAUGAUGCCCUGGAUACUAUGGACACAGAAGAUACAGAAGAAGAAAUUUAUUCUCGCAAAGUAAACGAUUUGAAAGCACACAACAACAACAGCCCAGAAGUCGAUCAAAAUGGUUCACUGGUGCGGCGCAGUACAAGACAUAAAUCACAAACCUAUGAUAAUCUUAACCAAAGUUGGAUUUUCGGAACGCAAACUUUGAAAGGAUAUCCAACGUAUAACAAACACGACUCUUCAUCAGAUAAAGAAAUGGCCGAUGAAGCUCCUUCAAUAACGAGAAGAUUGAGGAGAAGGCAGCUGCCGCUGAAGUCUUCUUGCAAAAACUCAUCGAGGCAUUUGCGAACCCUCGACAGCCACAGCUCGAGCAGGGGGCUUCGGGGUAGACCAUCCCGGAGGAGCGUACGCAACAUCGAGGAAAUGCCGGACCGAGAGCGAGGCAUGCGCGAACCGCGAAAGAUCAGCGAGCUGCGCAGCCUCCGUAGUAGGUCAGAUUACGAGCAUGAGCUCAAAAAUGGUCCACAGCUAAGAGUCAGAGAUAAAACUGAGCGCUUCAAGAUUGAGCCCAAGGAUAAGACCGCCAAUGAGGAGAGAGAGUCGAAGCCGGUGAAGAUGGAAAGCCCUUGUCGAUCAAGGGAUGGACCUGUUACCAGAUUUAGCAAUAGCCAUGCCGGGAAAAACGAUAAACCAAAGUUGGAUGAAAAAGAGCGCAACAACGACAAUGACGUUGACAACGAGGACGACGACGACGAUAAUUCUCCAGAGAGUGAAAAGGCUGAAAAUAAUGAUAAUUCAGACAAUGAUGAGAACGAAGGGUACGAGGAUAUGUACACCAGAGUCAAAAGAACCAGAAGAGUUUCUCAAAGGCAAUUACAGAAACGUCAACUUGCAGAAGACAGUGAUUUAAGCGACUCAUCCGAUGGCACCCCAAGUCCACGUAAAUACAGUUUAAGGCAAAAGAAGCCUGUGGUAGACAGAUUCCAAAUAAAUGCGGAGCAACCGAGGAGAUCCAUGAGGGUCUUUAGAACCGUUUUUAGCAAUUCCAUCAGGAGACGGAAACGCAGGAGUGAAAGCUCCAGCAGUAGCGACUCGUGUGAUUCUGAACCACAACGUUACGAGAAAAAAAGUAAAAAGUCGAGGCAAUCUGCAAUACCUCAAGGAGGAUCAACUGAUCAAAGGGCAGACAUAAGUCCAAUCUCGGUGGACACCAGCAUCACUUUCAACGACGUCGGUGGAUUGGAGUCGCAUAUACACUGUCUUAAGGAGAUGGUUGUUUUCCCCAUGGUUUAUCCAGAAGUUUUUGAUCGUUUUCACUUGACUCCUCCAAAGGGAGUUUUGUUCCAUGGACCACCAGGCACAGGUAAAACCUUGCUAGCAAGAGCGUUGGCGAACGAGUGCAGUAAGGGAAGCAGAAAAGUCUCGUUUUUCAUGCGCAAGGGAGCAGACUGUUUAACCAAGUGGGUCGGUGAAUCUGAACGUCAGCUGAGGUUACUCUUUGAGCAAGCCCAGCAAAUGAAACCUUCGAUUAUAUUUUUUGACGAAAUUGAUGGCCUAGCCCCAGUACGAAGCACUAAGCAAGACCAAAUCCAUGCGAGCAUCGUGUCGACUCUCCUUGCCUUGAUGGAUGGUCUUAGCGACCGUGGCGAGGUGAUUCUCAUCGGAGCAACCAACCGGAUAGACGCUAUCGACCCCGCUCUCAGAAGACCCGGUCGCUUUGAUCGCGAACUAUUUUUCCCUCUUCCAGCUGCAAAAGAAAGACUAGAAAUUAUGAAGAUCCACGUGAACAAGUGGAGCAAUCCACCUGCGGACUAUCUGCUAGAAUCUUUGGCUGAAAAAGCAACUGGCUACUGUGGCUCCGAUUUAAAAGCGCUCUGCACCGAAGCUGUGAUUCAAAGUUUGAAGAGAACGUACCCUCAGAUUUACAAGACCAACAAUCGUUUACUUUUGAGUCCAGAAAGGGUGGAAGUGAAAAAGUUGGAUUUUACGCGAGCCAGUAUGUUGCUGGUUCCAGCGUCUCAUCGAGUGACUUCUUGCGUUGGUCGAAGGCUGGAAUCGUUUGUAGAGCCUCUUCUGGAGUCUUCGUUGCAGGAACUACUUUCGAGAAUAAGGAAAAUUUUUCCACAAGGCACCAACCAUGAACUGGCCAAACUGAAAGUGACAAAGGGGGUUCAUCGUCCACGACUUUUGAUAUCUGGAGGCGACAUGGCGAGAAAUCAAGCAACAUCACUAGCAAAGGCUGUCAUUUUCGACAUGGAUCAUCUUCCCGUGCACACGUUGAACGUCAGUACUCUUUUUGCCGAGAGCGCAAGAUCGCCGGAAGAAGCAUGCGUCCAGGUUUUCAAUGAGGCCACCAGAAAUAUGCCGUCCAUAAUUUACAUAGCGUCUGUUGAUCAGUGGUGGCCCUUAGUACCGGAAACAGUAAAGGCUGUUUUUCUUUGCCGCAUUGCAUCGCUCGAUAUGUCCACGCCUAUAUUGAUUCUUGCGACAAGUGAGUUGUCGUACGAAGAAUUGCCUGAUCAGCUGAAAAAUUUGUUUAGCGAACUUUGUGAGGAGAUACAUUCGAUCGAGGCCCCAACCGAGGAGGAAAGAACCAAAUUUUUCAAGCCAUUAUUCAUGGUUCAGAGCUUACGAGUGCCACAAACCAAGAAAAAGAGAGAUGAGGUAUUGGAAGAAUUGCCACUGGCUCCCGAUCCAGAACCAAAGAAACUCACAGACGAAGAGAAAAGAGUUAUCCAUGAAAAGGAAGAAAUAUCCUUGAGAGAGCUGAGAAUAUUUUUGCGAGAGAUUUGUGCCAAACUUGCGAGAAACCGACAAUUUUUCAUGUUUACCAAACCCGUGGACACAGAAGAAGUUCCAGAUUACAAUAAAAUCAUUGUCCAGCCCAUGGAUUUGGAGACAAUGAUGACUAAAAUUGACAUGCAUUGCUAUCUGUGUGCUCGAGAUUUUCUAGAUGACAUUGAUCUUAUUUGCCGUAAUGCCUUGGAAUACAAUCCAGACAGAGAUCCAGCCGACAAGUUGAUUCGACAUCGAGCUUGUUCCCUUCGAGAUAACGCCUACGCUCUCAUAAAAGCUGAAUUGGAUUCUGACUUUGAAGACAAGUGUAGAAAAAUAUCGACCAACCGCAAGACUCAUCUGGAGGGUGAUAGCAAGAAAAAGGAAAGUCCAAAAUCAACCGUGGCUCAAACCAACGAUAGGUCAGAUAAAAAGGACAGUGGCAUAGGCAAUAAUAGUAUCGUGGUGAAUGGCAAGAAGUUGCCAAGCUCUCGCAAGCGCAGGGGGAUGUGGGCACGCGGCUACGUCAAGAAGAUCAAGAAAAAGAAGAUCUCCUUUGAAGACAGUAGCGUGCACAAUAGCGAAGCGGCUGACAAGUCCGAGCCUGGUGACCACGACAAGUCACAGGAGCUCGAAGUCGAGGAGCACGGGGAGGUAAUGAACGGCCACAUGCCCGCUGAUGACAACACAGACACAGACUCCCUGAAUGAAUUGUCGAAAGAAACGCCGCCAACUACCAGCGAAACCGAGGCUGUCACAGACCAGGUCGACAAGACGGUGCCCGAGCCGAAAAGCCAGAACGAGCUGGAGAGCAUGGAAGUGUCGCCUGGAGAAGACGACAAGCCAAGGGAGCGCAGCGAGUCGCGCGCAUCCUCGACGCACGCCAGCCUCAGUGCCAAGGAUCUGUCUUUUACUCUCGACGAUCUCGAAGAUAGUGAUUCUAGUCUUGCCAUUAAUCUCGAGGAGAGUGACAAAAUAUUAGUUGAUAGAGCGGAACUUGAGCAGGUGUUUACUUACACCGUGCAGGCCACCAAGAACUUUUCUAUCGAAUCGCUGUGCGACGUUCAUGUCCGAUUGAGUAGACGCAUUGCUCUGUACUCUCGAACGUAUGAUAGAAAAUCACUGCCAAAGGAUUUAUUGGAAGAUGUCAAACGUUUUGAGAUACAAUAAUAAUACUACUAUCAUCUUAAAGGAACCGUUUACAACAGAUGAGACGAUUAUUUUUUAAUUUUAAUUUCUGUUUAACAAUUAUCAAAUAACAAUCUUAAGAGAAGUGUGAGAGAUAUGUUCUUUCACUCUCAGUUGUAAAAUGUUUGAUAAUUGUUUAAAAAGUUUUUUCACAAUUAUGACUGCCAAACUUUCUGUGAAAUUAUAAAACGUCGCUUGAAGCGCGAUCGUAAUACGAAUUUUUUUACAUUAGAUAAGUAUGUGAUAAAAUUGGUAGAAUUUUGUAGCCAAUUUUUAGCAAAUGAUGGCCGAAGCAAGCUUAUGUUGCGUUGCACGCAACUAUUCAAUUGGCUUGGCUCCAUUGCAUUAUCAAUUUUGUCGUCGCGUUACUAAUACCUAGUUUAUUUGUAUAGUGACUUUUCACUUUAUCGCCAUUUUGAUAAUAUUAUGCUCGUUGAUAUUAUUUCUUGAUUUACUGCAGUAACAUAAUAAUAGGCCUCCCAUAAGUUACCUUGUCACAAAUAAAUUAUUACACAAGUUGCAAACAGAAAAAGGAAAAAAAGACGAGAAUAUUGAAUCUAGGAUAAAUUUGUUACUUUUCGUAAGCAAGUCACUGUUGAUAAAAGCCAAGAAAUGGCACAGUGUAUAAGUAAUGUACUUAUGUCAAAUUUCACAUAGCAGCAUGUAACCUAGAAUCGAAAAUUCUCCAUUUUCAUAUGUAUAAAUUAUCAUUUUAAUUUAAUUUUUUGUCAAUGAAUAUCGUGAUUUUCUAUAAAAUUCAGAUCAAUUUUUCUUUUCUAAGGCAAAGUACGUUAAUAAAAAUACUCUCAAAUUUUUCGUUUACGUGAGUUCGUGUACUUUCCUUAAAGUAGCUGAAAUAUUUUACCAAAGUAUUCUAUUUUUUAAUAAUACAAUAAUUAAAUUAGGUUACAAGGUAUGAAACAGUGUUGAAGCUUCAACCGAAGAUUUGAUCAAUUUUUUUUAAUGUUAUUAGUUACUUAUAAUUAGCAAUACAAUAGCAUGGAUGCAACUCUAUGUUUC